UGGCCAUUGCAGCAUACUACUUUUUUUUUCUAGCAAUAAAUAUGGUAAAAAAAUCUGCAUUUUUUUUUUUCUUGGAGUGUCAUAGCAAUGAAGAAAUUACUAAAGGAAAUAAACCUCCGAGCUUUAAACAAUUAGUUACUAAAUUAACACCCAUAUGGAAAACAAUGACUGAUGAUGAAAAAGAUAAGUACAAAGUUCUUGCUCRUGAAUAUAAUUCUACUUUAAAGAAACAACAGCAUUUAAAAAAAAUUAAUGAUGUGCAGAAAAAUAGCUAUGAUUUUUGGAAUACACAAAAAUAUUUGACCGAGAUGUUUGAAUGUAUACCUAACAAUGAGGUUUACCCAAAAGGUUUUGCUGGAGGUAUGAAACAAUUUUCCGACAAUUUUCAUCAAAUUUUGUGUUAUAAUGAACAUCCGGAUGAUUAUAAAAAAAUAUUAUUGGAGUUCUUAACAUUUUUAAAGGAUGGAAUAAUCAAUCAUACAGAUUUACAAAAGGCCACAUUAGACUUACCAUAUUUAUUCACUAUAGAGACAGAAGUUGGUACGAAUAUGAUGAAAACAAAAAAUAGCUUGGAAAGAUUAUACUCCACAGCUUUUCCGGAAGUUGAUGCUGAACGUUGUAARUCAAUAUUCAAAGUGGGAAGUACUGAGAAAUUAUUAUUUGAAAUCCAAAAAAAAUUCAAUCUUCACUUGGAUCCAAAAAAUUUUGGACAAGGAAUCUCAGUUCAUGAUAUUUUAGAAUCUGAUAUGUUUGGAUAUGGUCUCGGUUGUGAGUACCACGAGUCAAAAGAUAUUUCAAACAAAUGUUCCAAAGCUCGCAUUUUUCAAUGGAUGUCAAAUAUUUGCAAGUACAUAGGUUCUAAUACUGAUUUAAAACUUAUACCUGGCAAACACAUUGCAGUUCAAUUAAAAAAUGGUUCAAAAUUGAUAAUUGAAAAUGCACAUUUGCCUCUGUCAAAAGAUGAUCUAAAUAUAUAGACAGACUAUUUCCAUUGAUGAUAUAUUGAACAACUCAAAAAUUCAUCUAUUCUUCCACAAACGCAACUAAGUAAUAUAAUUAAUUUUAAUAGUACAUACAAUAUACUAUUUUAUACUGAUUCAUUUUAAAUAAUAGUUUUAUUUUGGUAUAACAAAAGRAAAUGCUUACAUCUAGGUGUUAAUUCAAGUAAUGUACCUACUAUUCACAAUAUAGAUACCUACUAUAUAUUUUAUGGUCUUAACUGUAUUAAUAUUUCAAGAAU